AUGCAAGAAUUUCUAUUCAUCCUGUUAUUGCUUUCGAUUUCUCGAGGCCAGUACACGAAUUGGACAAAGUUAGGCGUUGAUGAAGAAUAUGGUUCCUAUCUUGAUUCGACCUCCGAUCUUUACAAAGAACUUUUCCAAACUCGUCCCUAUCAACGUGAUCUCUCGCCUGUCUACUCGAAACAACCAAAGAAUUCCAGUGCAUUCAAUCGUCCACCUUUAAAUGUAUCGAUCACGUUAAGUUUUGUGAAAAUCUUUGAGUUGGAUCCUCAAAAGCAGACAAUGACAGCGUUAAUCGAAUUUGUUCAGCAAUGGAAAGAUGUGCGAUUAGCAUGGGAUCGAGAAGAUUUUGAUGAUGUUGAGAUGAUUUGGGUGAAAUAUGACACGAUUUGGAUUCCCGAGUACUCGAUGAUUGAUUUAAGCAGCUACAAUGAAGCUUGGCCGGAUUAUCGUCGUCCGGCACGUCUCACAUCAGAUGGUGCAGUUUAUCUCGAUAGCAUGGCUGUUGCCACACUCUCUUGUCUUAUGGAUCUAGGCACUUUCCCAUUUGAUACGCAAACUUGUCCGAUCGCUUUCGCGUUGAACACCUACUCUGUAAAUCAGAUAACAAUGGAGGGCGUUCUGUUCCCGGAUUUUGACUAUUCUAAAUUAUCCGGGAAUGGUGAAUGGGAAUUGAGAAAUAUUACGAAAGAGAUGAUAAGAGUCCCGUCGGAUAUUGCCGCGCUUGACCUGCUAUUCUUCAAUCUGCAUCUAAAACGAGAGCCUAAUUUCUACUUAUACGUGAUCGUUCUUCCGUGUUUUCUCCUAACACUCCUCUCGGUGAUUGGAAUGUUUUGGACAGAAAACAAUAAAGAUGAACAACUUACAAAGUUGAGUAUCGGUCUAACAUCAAUGAUGUCGAUGACAAUCUUUGUCCAAAUGGUCUCCGAGCAAAUCCCUCGCACAUCCACUUUUCCGUUACUAGGUGAA